GCCGCGCGUUGCAUUGUGGGGCGAGAGUCCUUCUUUGAGCUGCGUUCAUUGGCUCUUGUUGCCUCGGCCCUCUCCGCGCAGUGUCUUGUGGGAAGGGAGGCCUUCAGCUGUUGUGGUGGUGUCGGCGCUUGUCCUGACUGGAACUGCUGAGCGAAGAUGCCGGAGCGGGACAGUGAGCCGUUUUCUAACCCUCUGGCCCCAGAUGGCCAUGAGGUGGAUGAUUCUCAUUCUUUCCACCAGUCCAAGCUUACCAAUGAAGACUUUCGGAAGCUUCUUAUGACCCCAAGGGCAACACCGACAUCUGCCCCACCAUCCAAAUCUCGACAUCAUGAGAUGCCAAGGGAGUACAAUGAAGAUGAAGAUCCAGCUGCUCGCAGGAGGAAGAAGAAAAGCUAUUAUGCCAAGCUGCGCCAGCAGGAGAUUGAGCGAGAAAGAGAGCUGGCUGAGAAGUACAGGGACCGUGCCAAGGAGAGACGAGACGGCGUCAACAAGGACUACGAGGAGACAGAGCUGAUCAGCACAACGGCCAACUACAGGGCAGUGGGGCCCACUGCCGAGGCGGAUAAGUCAGCUGCAGAAAAAAGGCGGCAGUUGAUUCAAGAGUCCAAGUUCUUGGGUGGUGAUAUGGAGCACACUCACUUGGUGAAGGGUCUGGAUUUUGCUCUGCUGCAGAAGGUGCGUGCGGAGAUUGCCAGCAAGGAAAAGGAAGAGGAAGAACUGAUGGAGAAGCCCCAGAAAGAAACAAAAAAAGAUGAAGAUCCAGAAAACAAAAUUGAAUUCAAGACCCGUUUGGGCCGUAACAUCUAUCGGAUGCUGUUCAAGAACAAAGCAUAUGAGCGGAAUGAGCUCUUCCUACCAGGGCGGAUGGCCUAUGUGGUGGAUCUUGACGAUGAGUAUGCAGACACAGACAUCCCCACAACCCUGAUUCGAAGCAAAGCUGAUUGCCCCACCAUGGAGGCCCAGACCACGCUGACCACCAAUGAUAUUGUCAUCAGUAAACUGACCCAAAUUCUGUCCUACUUGAGGCAAGGCACUCGCAACAAAAAGCUCAAGAAGAAGGACAAAGGGAAACUGGAUGAGAAGAAACCCCCAGAGGCAGAUAUGAAUAUCUUUGAGGACAUUGGAGAUUACGUGCCGUCUGCGGCAAAGAUGCCACGAGAGAAAGAGCGGGAGAGGUACAGGGAACGGGACCGAGAGCGCGAGAGAGAGCGAGACAGGGAACACGAGCGGGACCGUGAACGGGACCGAGAGAGGGAGCGAGAACGUGAACGGGAGGAAGAGAAGAAGAGGCACAGUUACUUUGAAAAACCCAAAGCUGAUGACGAGCCAAUUGAUAUUGAUAAAGGACCAGGAUCAGCCAAGGAACUAAUUAAGUCCAUCAAUGAGAAGUUUGCCGGUGCCGGCGGCUGGGAAGGAGCCGAUUCAAUUAAAAAACCUGAAGACAAAAAACAGCUGGGUGACUUCUUUGGAAUGUCGAACAGCUACGCUGAAUGUUACCCUGCAACAAUGGAUGACAUGGCUGUGGACAGUGACGAAGAAGUCGACUACAGUAAAAUGGAUCAGGGCAACAAAAAGGGACCCCUUGGCCGCUGGGACUUCGACACCCAAGAGGAGUACAGUGAAUACAUGAACAACAAAGAGGCUCUACCCAAAGCGGCAUUCCAGUACGGAAUCAAGAUGUCUGAAGGCCGUAAGACACGCCGUUUCAAGGAAACCAACGACAAGGCUGAGCUGGAUCGGCAGUGGAAGAAGAUCAGUGCUAUCAUCGAGAAAAGGAAGAAGAUGGAGGCUGAUGGGGUUGAGGUGAAGAGACCAAAGUACUGAAGUUCCCUUGUGCGCCUGGCCGUUCCUGUUCUGUUCCUGAAACUUGGCUGUACUGGACAUGUGUGUGGCCUUGAGGGAGAGUUUAGCCCUUCCUGUCCCCCUUCCCUGCCGGAGCGUCCCCUGCUCUGAGGACUGAGCAGGCCCUUUGGGAGGAGGAGGAAGCUUCCGAUGCCGCUGACAAGCUUUGAAGGCCACACGCCCAUCUCUUGGCUCGGCUGCAGCUCUGCGCAUUCCUCCCCAGACUGCAGCUUGGGAUUCUGUGACUCGUAAUCCUUGCAGAAUCAAUAAAACCUGUAUUAGCACCUGCCAGAUGUGAUGUUAUAAUACUUGAUGAGCAGCAUCGUCACUAGACUGCUGUUGGAUGGAAUUAGUGGUAGAGGGAAGGAAGGCUGCUUUGGGAAGAGGACUUUUUUGUGUGUGUCCCUUUAGCAAAUGAGUACUCGAAUAUAUGUAGGCACUUCCUGUUGCAUCCUCUGUAGCCAAGGAUUUCCGGUGGUCUUUUACUCUUCUUACUGAUUUCGUUAUGUAAAUCCCACCGUUCUCCUUAGUGGGGGCUCAUAGUGGCUUACAGCAUAGUUCUUCCACUCACAACCCCCUCCCCUGAGGUAGGUUAGGCCAAGAGUGAGCUACUGGCCCAAGGUUACCCAGUGAGCUCCUGUAGCAGAGUGGGAAACUGAACGUGGGUCUGAUGCUCUGGCAUGCUUUUGUGGUUCGAGUAUCGGACUAGGAUCUUGAGAGGCCUAGAGAUGGUAUGAGGCUAAAAUGGAGGAGGAGAGAAUGCAGUGAGCUACUUUGUAUCCCCAUUGGGGGAGGAAAUGUAUAUAUUAAAUAACUACCCCAAGAGUGCCAUUCUGUAUAUAUUAAAUAAGUACCCCAAGA